CAUCGAUUGCGCAUGCGCUAAGAGCCCCAGAGAUGGGGGUCAAGAAUGCUGAAUUUUAAUUCACCUGAACAAAACAGUCAUUAGUGGCUAGUGGUCAGUGCUGUAACUUCACAAGUGACUUGUUAUGUGACCGCAGUUUAGACCGCAGUAAGAGUUUGAUAAAGCUUUGUAUUAGAAGAUUUUUGUAUAAAUGUCUAAAACAUGGGCAACUUCUCAGGUAUAGUAGAAAACUGUUAUUUUGAGACGUAAUGAGGGGGGGAAAUAGCGUACAGCAUCUUCUUUACAUUGCUGCUUGAAAUCCUUUGUCUCUCUGAUGAAAGCCCAUCCUGCGCAGGAAUCUGGGGAGAGGCAGCUUUCUCCCAGGCGUUCCUUGCUUCAGACGCUUCAACAUCCGGGACAGGAUCAGUUUGAAAUUUCUAAGCGAUCUGAUUGGCUAAGAAUAAACGAACGGGAAAUUUAACACAGCCAUGUUCGUGUUCUUCGAUUUCCUUGCUCCGCGAUCUGUUUGAACUGCGAGUUUCCUGAAGUUUUGGCUCAAAUCCCGUCGGAUCUAUCCUUACGUGGAUCUAAACGAGAACAUGUAACUUUGGGAGAGUCAUGCCAACGGCUGGUGAGGCGAGACUGAAGUCAAAAUCAAUCAAGAAGACAUCUGGUGACGGAACUUCUUGCAAAGGAAAAGCGACUAGGAAUAAGGCCAGUGCAAGCAAGAUCAGGGAAGUUAAAAAGAGGACUCUAUCACAUCCAAACUCAGCAAAGAGUUCUAUACCAGUGCCUGUGAAAAAAGAAGCUAAAGGAAAAGAAAAUGCAGACCCAAAUAUUAAUGUACACCCUGGUACUAAAAUCAAUAAAAAGGCUAGUAAGGUUAAGCAAGCUCCAGACUUCAGAAAACUUCAUAGAAAAUAG